UUAUUCCAGUCCAACACCCUUUUUACUCCUGGAAAGAAUAUCCAUAUUAAUUUAGUGAUUAUUCCUACUUGUGACAAGGUUUGAAUUAUAAGUGCUCUUACGUGUUCUGUGUCAGCGAACUCGUAUAGCACAAAGUAUAAUUAGUAAUACCAAGACAAUUCCAUCAAAUUUUGUUUUGCGAUCCAAAAAACUGCUGAAACCACGAAAAGUUACUAUUCUUAACAAUUAAGUCACAGUUCCCUUUUACAGCAACAUGAGUUCACAAAUGCAGUUCACUUCUGUACAUUCUGAGACACUCAAGAAGAUCCGUUUUUAUGAUGAGCAAACGGCUGACCACAAAUACAAGAUGAUGCUGGCAGUGGUGUCAGUAUUAGUAGUAGGGUUUUAUACGUGGCGGUAUUUGGUGCUCAGGCAUACCCGGCUCACAUCUUCUAAGUAUGUGGUAUCGGGGGUACUCUUGGCCGUGUGGAAUUUUUUGAUGAGUGUAUUUGCGGACAGUCUCGUGCUACGACUCGGAGCUGUGGAGAAUUACUACGAGAACAUGGAGGCUAGUGCCAGGUCUGGUUCAGAGAGUGAGCUGGAGUUUUUGGCCAGCCACCAAUUUUGGGCAAGUGACGUUCGCAGCCUAUUGGUAAUGAUCGAAGGGUUUGUGUUGGUGAAGGUAUUUUUGAACACCGGGUGUAGGAUGAUCGAGCACAUCAAAGAUAAUGUUGAUGAAGGCCAGGACCUUGAGAAGGCUCUGAAUAGCUCAACAGACCAUCAGCAUUUAAUACCUUCAAAAACCAGAACUUUUGCACCCAGAAAAGUGGCUCGUCAUGCGAUUUCAUUUACCAUCAUUUUAGCGAUAAUGACCAUGGUUCUUCCCAAGAGCCUCUUACUCAACUCGACAUCCACGAUUUAUUCAACCCCACGCAUCACCAUCAAAUCUGACCAUUUAUUUUGGUCCAUCAGCUCAAUUUUCAUUUCCACGGCUAUAAGCACCGUUUCCGCUUCUGCCCAAUAUCGAAAAACAUGUAGUUUUGCGUUCACUGGCUACUGCAUUAUUUUAUAUCAGGGAUUAAUUGUGAUGGCCACCCACGGACAAAUGUUUCUAUUCCAUGAUAUGGUCCUUAAUAUGCUCAGCCUGAUAGCACACUUGGCAAGCCAAGAUUACAAAUUUGAAGAUCACAACAUCAACGUAUUCACGUCGAUGUUGAUGAGUUUCUUCAGCCAUAUAAACGAAAGUGAUUGCUUGCACAGGUUGUGCGGCCAAUCAGAGCAAGUGGAGGCAAUGGUAAAAGAUUUAAUUUACUUUAGACAUGUUUUUGGCAACUGUUUGACAGUGAUGAGCGCAUCGGGUUUUGUGCUACUUCCGUUAAUUUUGUGGAUCAUUCUUGUGGAAUCAACCACAUAUGAAUACACAUAGUUUUUUCAAAUACACAACAGAGUUUAUU